AUGACUUUGAAAGACGAUACCCUCGUGCACAGGAAGGAGGUGCUCUCACAGCCUGCCGAGCAUUUGCCCCAUGUUUCCCCCCUUCAGGCCCCAUGUUUCCCCCCAUCAGGCCCCAUGCUUCCCCCCAUCAGGCCCCAUGCCCCAUGUUUCCCCCCAUCAGGCCCCAUGUUUCCCUGCAUCAGGCCCAAUGUUUCCCCCCAUCAGGCCCCAUGCCCCAUGUUUCCCCCUGCAGGCCCCAUGCUUCCCCCUGUAGGCCCCAUCUUUCCCCAUGCAGGCCCAUGCUUCCGCCCCCUGCAGGCCCCCUGCCCCAUGUUUCCCCCUUCAGCCCCCAUCCAUUUCUCCCCCCUGAUAGCCCCAUAUUCCCCACGUGAUAGCCCCAUGUGCCAAGGUGAGUGCAUCGCUGCAAACAGCAACGUAUGGAGUGCUCACCAACAAGGGGACCUAGUGCCUGACCACACUCUUACUCACCUUUGCCACUCACAUCCUCUUUUCCCUCCCUCCCCUUCCCUUCCAAUGUUGGGUGGUGAGUGCAUCGCUGCUCACAGCAAUGUGAGGAGUGCUCACCAGCAAAGGGACCUCCCUUCCAGAACACUCUUACUCACCUUCGCCACUCACAUCCUCUUUUCCCUCCCUCCCCUUCCCUUCCAAGGCGCCGUGGUGAGUGCAUCGCUGCGAACAGCAGUGUGUGGAGUGCACGCCAGCAAAUGA